ACACUAGAACCUUGUAAUUUAUAUAGUCCCGUGUCCGCCAAGAAACCGAAAGUCAUAAACCCCCUCCAAAAUUGCAAAACCCUAUUAAGUUUCUACUUGUGCUGUUUCUUCUCGCAAUUUCAAUCUAUAACCAGCGAGAAAGAGAAUCCAUAAAAAAAAAUGGAGUUCCCCAAAGACAUCACGAGCUUCUCUGUUUCCUCCGGCUCAAUUCUGACCGCCGCCGCCUCACUGGCUGCCUCCGUGAUGCUCCUCCAAUCCGUAACCGCCGACCUCGUCCCCGACGCACUACGCACCUACUUCUCCACCCGCCUUACCAAGCUCUCCGCCCGCUUCUCUUCACAGCUCACCCUCUUGAUCGAAGAAUCCGAAGGCCUGACGUCAAACCACAUGUUCGAGGCCGCCAACGUCUUCCUGGGAACAAAGGUCUCCCCUGCAACGCGAAGAAUCAAAGUGAUCAAGCCGGAGAAAGACGAGGAACUGAUCGUCACCGUCGACAGGAAUCAGGAAAUCGUUGAUUUCUACGGGAAGGUGAAGAUGGUGUGGGUACUGAAAUCCACCGCCAUCCAACAGAUCGGCAAAGGAGAUCGCAACGGCAACUCGAAAACAGAGCAAAGACAUUUCGAGCUGAGCUUUCACUACAAGUACAAAGACAUUGUGCUUAGGGCUUACCUCCCAUACAUCCUGAGGAAAGCGAAGGAGAUCAAGGAUCAUAGCCGCGCGGUGAGGCUUCACACGGUCGAGUACGGCGGAAAUUGGACCUCCCUUGUGCUCAACCAUCCGGCGAAUUUCAGUACAAUGGCGAUGGCGCCGGAGGUGAAGAAGGAGGUAAUCGAUGAUCUCGAUAGGUUUAUAAGCAGAAAGGAUUAUUACAGGAGAGUCGGCAGAGCCUGGAAGAGAGGAUACUUGCUCUACGGCCCUCCUGGUACUGGAAAAUCAAGCUUGGUUGCCGCCAUGGCUAAUUACCUCAAUUUUGAUAUCUACGACCUCGAUCUGAGAGAGAUUGAUUGCAACUCGGAUUUGAGAAGGUUGCUCAUCGGUUCUGCAAAUCGCUCCAUCCUCGUGAUUGAAGAUAUUGACUGCAAUGCUGUCCUGCAUAGCCGAGAAUCAGAAAACCAAACCACCGGCAACGAUAAGAUUACUUUGUCGGGACUGUUGAACCUGAUAGAUGGGUUGUGGUCGAGCUGCGGAGACGAGCGAAUCAUAGUGUUCACGACGAACCACAAGGAUCGGCUUGAUCCCGCGCUGCUGCGCCCGGGUCGCAUGGACAUGCACAUACAGAUGUCCUACUGCACUUUCGCUGCAUUCAAAGUGCUGGCUUCUAAUUACCUUAGGAUUGAGGAUCAUGCGUUGUACCACAAGAUUGAAGAGCUGCUGUUGGUGUUGAAGGUUAAGGUAACGCCUGCUGAAAUUGCUGAAGAGCUUAUGAAGAAUGAUGAUGCAGAUAUAACACUGGGGAACCUCAUCAUCUACCUUCAAAACAAGGAAAACACCACCACCUAAACCUUGGAUAUGAUGAUGGAACAAGGCAGCAAGCUAAAGCCCAUUUCCAUCUCAACUUGGAAUUGAAAUUUUAUUAGAAGAGGGAGGCGAUGGCUUUGGCAUUUAGAAUAUGUAUUUGGUCCCUCAAUUUUUUGUAAAAAGACAUUAAUGUUAUUAUU